AUGGGGCGGGUCCGUGUCCAAACGCCCCCGCCCGGCCGCCAGCAGGCUCUCUGCCCCAGGGAGAGCUGCUCGUCAGCGCCCCCUUCAGGCCGCCCGGCAGGCUCUCUGCUCCAGGGAGAGCUGCUCGCCAGCGCCCCCGCCCGGCCGCCGGCAGGCUCUCUGCCCCAGGGAGAGCUGCUCGCCAGCGCCCCCUCCCGGCCGCCGGCAGGCUCUCUGCCCCAGAGAGAGCUGCCGUUGUCCGCAGCUGCGGCUCGCCAGCGCCCCCUCCCGGCCGCCCGGGCGCCGGCAGCCCCCAGGGAGAGCCCCCCAGGGAGAGCUGCAGUCGUCCCCUGCUGCGGCUCGCUGGCGCCCCCGCCCGGCCACCGGCAGGCCUUCUGCCCCAAGGAGAGCUGGUCGCCAGCGCCCCCGCCCGGCCGCCCGCAGGCUUUCUGCCCCAGGGAGAGCUGCCGUCAUCCGCAGCUGCGGCUCGCCGGCGCCCCCUCCCGGCCGCCCGGCCGCCGGCAGUCUCUCUGCCCCAGGGAGAGCUGCUCGCCAGCGCCCCCGGCCGGCCGGCCGCAGGCUCUUUUCCCUCAGGGAGAGCCGCUCGCCAGCGCCCCCUCCCGGCCGCCGGCAGGCUCUCUGCCCCAGGGAGAGCUGCCGUCGUCCGCAGCUGCGGCUCGCCGGCGCCCCCUCCCGGCCGCCCGGCUCCCCCAGGGAAAGCUGCAGUCGUCCGCUGCUGCGGCUCGGCCGCCGGCAGGCUUUCUGCCCCAAGGAGAGCUGCUCGCCAGCGCCCCCGCCCGGCCGCCCGCAGGCUUUCUGUCCCAGGGAGAGCUGCCGUCGUCCGCAGCUGCGGCUCGCCGGCGCCCCCUCCCGGCCGCCGGCAGGCUCUCUGCCCCAGGGAGAGCUGCUCGCCAGCGCCCCCGCCCGGCCGCCCGCCCGCAGGCUCUCUGCCCUCAGGGAGAGCUGGCGUCGCCCGCAGCUGCAGCUCGCCGGCGCCCCCUCCCGGCCGCCGGCAGGCUCUCUGCCCCAAGGAGAGCUGCCGUCGUCCGCAGCUGCGGCUCGCCGGCGCCCCCUCCCGGCCGCCCGGCCGCCGGCAGCCCCCAGGGAGAGCUGCAGUCCCCCCAGGAAGAGCUGCCGUUGUCCGCAGCUGCGGCUCGCCGGCGCCCCCUCCCGGCCGCCCGGGCGUCGGCAGCCCCCAGGGAGAGCUGCCGUCGUCCAAUGCUGCGGCUCGCCGGCGCCCCCUCCCGGCCGCCCGGCCGCCGGCAGGCUCUCUGCCCCAGGGAGAGCUGCUCGCCAGCGCCCCCGCCCGGCCGCCGGCAGGCUCUCUGCCCCAAGGAGAGCUGCCGUCGUCCGCAGCUGCGGCUCGCCGGCGCCCCCUCCCGGCCGCCCGGGCGUCGGCAGCCCCCAGGAAGGGCUGCACCCCCAGGGAGAGCUGCCGUCGUCCGCGGCUGCGGCUCGCCGGCGCCCCCUCCCGGCCGCCCGGGCGUCGGCAGCCCCCAGGGAGAGCUGCCGUCGUCCAAUGCUGCGGCUCGCCGGCGCCCCCUCCCGGCCGCCCGGCCGCCGACAGGCUCUCUGCCCCAGGGAGAGCUGCUCGCCAGCGCCCCCGCCCGGCCGCUGGCAGGCUCUCUGCCCCAAGGAGAGCUGCCGUCGUCCGCAGCUGCGGCUCGCCGGCACCCCCUCCCGGCCGCCCGGGCGUCGCCCCCAGGGAGAGCUGCCGUCGUCCGCGGCUGCGGCUCGCCGGCGCCCCCUCCCGUCCGCCCGGCCGUCGGCAGGCUCUAUGCCCCAGGGAGAGCUCCCGUCGUCCGCAGCUGCGGCUCGCCGGCGCCCCCUCCCGGCCGCCGGCAGGCCCCAGGGAGAGCUGCCGUCGUCCGCAGCUGCGGCUCGCCGGCAGGCUCUCUGCCCCAGGGAGAGCUGCUCGCCAGCGCCCCCGCCCGGCCGCCGGCAGGCUCUCUGCCCCAGGGAGAGCUGCCGUCGUCCGCAGCUGCGGCUCGCCGGCGCCCCCUCCCGGCCGCCCGGCCGUCGGCAGCCCCAGGGAGAGCUGCACCCCCAGGGAGAGCCGCCGUCGUCCGCGGCUGCGGCUCGCCGGCGCCCCCUCCCGUCCGCCCGUCCGCCGACAGGCUCUCUGCCCCAGGGAGCCCGUCCCGGUUCCCCACCCCGACACACGGCCCUAAGCGGGCCCGGUCCGACCCUCCGACCGCGCCGGGGUCACUUACCGCAACAACACCGCCGCCAAAACCACAAUCACAACCAGAAAGGGGACGGGGCACUGGGGCGUCCGGCAGCCCGCCCCUCAGGCAGCUCCCGGAGCGCAACCGGAAUGCGGCCGCCAGGGGGCGCGCCCUCCGGCCGUUCUUGCCCCUCAUUGGCUCUCCGGGAGGGCCCCGCCCACCUGGGCGUCGGGGAACCAAUGGGGAAGCGAGUUGGGCUUUAAACGCCACCGGCGGCGGUUGGGCCGGCGGCAGCCGGGCGCCGGGGCAGGCACCAGUGGGUGAUACUGCAGUCUUCAUCCUCAAUUUUGUCCCGGGCAGGUGCAAGAUUAUCCUCUGCGAGUGUUUCCUGAGCGCCGUCAGCCUCUUCGUUUGUCCCAAAUCCCGGUUUGGGCCCGACUGGGCGCUACCAAUGGGAAAAGGCAGUUUUCUCCCAAGCGUUUAG